AUAGAAUUCAGUUCAGAAGAUGGAUUAUGUCUACAACUCGAUAGACCUGGUUAAGGGUCGCUAGGAGAUCGGUUGUAAAGGCAUCGAAGGCUCAUUUGCUAGCAAGAAUUCAAUUGGUGGUUUCAAAGUUUCUUUUAUUUGUGAAUUGAUUUGAGCGUUGCAAGGUUCAAAAACCCAGCUUGCAGAUUAGUGAAAAAAGAAGACAGCCCAUCCUCUCUCUGUUAACUGUCUUUCAGUAUCUCCACAUUUUAUCUAUCCUCGAUUGAUGGUUCCUGUUCUUGUCUAGAUGGACCAGUAUGAGAAGGUCGAGAAGAUUGGUGAAGGGACGUAUGGAGUGGUCUACAAGGCUCGUGAUCGAGUGACAAAUGAAACCAUUGCUUUGAAGAAAAUCAGGCUAGAGCAGGAAGAUGAAGGUGUACCAAGCACGGCUAUUAGAGAGAUAUCUCUUUUGAAAGAGAUGAAUCAUGGGAAUAUUGUGAGGUUACAGGAUGUGGUGCAUAAUGACAAGCGUUUAUAUCUGGUAUUUGAGUAUCUUGACUUGGACUUGAAAAAACACAUGGAUUCUUGCCCGGAAUUCUCAAAGGAUACCCGUGUGGUUAAGAUGUUCCUUUAUCAAAUACUCCGUGGUAUAUCCUAUUGCCAUUCUCAUCGUGUUCUCCACCGGGACUUGAAGCCUCAAAACUUGCUUAUUGAUCGACGUACAAAUGCAUUGAAGCUUGCAGACUUUGGAUUGGCUCGAGCAUUUGGCAUACCUGUCAGGACAUUUACCCACGAGGUCGUGACAUUAUGGUACAGGGCUCCAGAAAUACUACUUGGAUCAAGGCACUAUUCGACUCCUGUGGACAUGUGGUCCAUUGGUUGUAUAUUUGCUGAGAUGGUAAACCAACGACCGUUAUUUCCUGGGGACUCUGAGAUAGACGAACUCUUCAAAAUUUUUAGGGUGAUGGGCACCCCAAAUGAAGACACCUGGCCUGGAGUGACAUCUCUACCUGACUUCAAAUCAGCAUUUCCAAAAUGGCCACCUAAGAACCUGGCAAGCGUUGUUCCAAAUCUUGAUCCAGCUGGCCUUGACCUCCUUAGUAAAAUGCUCAUCUUAGAUCCCAGCAAGAGAAUUACGGCCAGAAAAGCUCUCGAGCACCAAUACUUCAAGGAUAGCAGCUUUGUCCCUUGAUUGUUGCACCGUAUGCAGGUGUAGAUGUACAUUGAAUUUGUCGCAUCAUAGGAUUAAUGUUGUUCGCAAAAAAAUGUGUGAUGUGAUGGUGGUGCUUGUGCCCCUUAUUUUUUAUUUUUCUUUUUUUCUGAAAAAAACUUAGGUUUAUCCAAUUUAUUAUAUCAAAGUGAUUCUGGGCUCAAGCAACAUUGAAGACCUCAGGUGCCCGUGCUUUCACUUUGAUCAUAUCCCCAUUAUUGUGUGUGGCUGCCAAUUUUGUUGUUUUGUUCUUUUCUUUAAUCAGUUUUUGCUGUAACGUUAUAUGCUUGUGUAAGACAUUAGUCUCUAACUAUUUUAUUGGAUAGAUGAUAUCGUGUGCCAUUAGGCCAAUGUUACAUUUUCAGUUUUUUUGGGUGGC